AUGAAAUCUCCUAGUGAUGCUCAAAGUCUUUUGCAAAGACUCGAGAGACGUAUUCCGUUCUUUGCCUCAGAAGAUUCCGAUUCAGAAAACCUCGAUUUUGAAGGCUCCGAAGAACUCGAUUUCUUGACCGCGAGCAAGAAACGGCAGGUUGUCGCUUGGAAGACUUUGCUGACUAAUCACACCACGGGCAAGUCAAGAACCAAUCAGCAUGUUCGAAUGACCGCACGGAAGUUCGCGUUGAAGGUCAAGGAAGUUGCUGGACCGGUGACGAGCUUUCUUUGCAUACUAGAAUACUCUAUCACAGGGUUACCAAAGAUUGAAUAUUACGGACUUUACCAUGAGCUGAAAGCGUGGUCACGGCGGACGCCCUUCCCAAAGCUGCUCAAGGAGGCGGCCACGAAGUUUUGGGGCUCGUCUAAUCAAGUGAAAUCACUCGGCAAGAAUGGCCCUCCUGGGCCUCCGGAUACGGAAACUGCUCCCUCAAAAGACAUAGAAGCUGAGCUGACAACUCUUUUAACACCCUAUAAAAGUACAGAAAUAGACCAUGGACUGGCACAGAAUGCUGUGCUAUCACAGCUUGGAAGUUCAACAAAUAUGUUCAACAGAUUCGAAUAUCACCCCGAACAAAGCAGGCCUCUUCAAAUGGCAUUCAACAUACCCCCGGACCUUCUGCAUCACUUUUACAACAUCCACAAGGACUCAAAACUCUCAGCCAUCCUCACAGUCCCUGCCGAGGACCGGGUCGCGUCACUCGGUGAUAAGUUCGGUUGUCAAGUGCAUUACUACGACCAAGCGGCUCAAGAGAGGAGCAAGACGAGACGAAGCUCCGGUCUCCUGACUAACUUCAUCGAUGAGAUGCUUCUCUAUCCCAAAGUCAGCCCUGUGAAGGUCUGUGGACAGAAAAACCCCAUUCAUUAUGUGAAUACAUCCUCUCAGGAUACUCUUGUUGACGUCGUGAACCCGGAUUUUAGUUUGGGCGUCACGGAAUUAAGAGACCACGACCUGUCAGCAACUCAACAAGGGCGCAAGACGAGCCAAGGGUCUAGUGUCUUCAGUGGUAAUGUGUCUGUCAACCAGGACAUUGCCUUCGCAGCCGGCAUAGAUGGAAUUUCACCUGAGAUACCGGAGGGGAUGAAGCUGCUCAUUUGGAAUUGGAAAUCGCGUGAUGCACAAGAUUCUAGCGCCGAAAAAAUCGCAUCGUAUCUUAUCUCCGAGAGUGAGGGAUACUUCCACUGUGUUCAAUUCAAGGACUGGGUGAAGGAAGCAACAGGUUCUUCAGGUGCCGUGAGAUUCCUCGAGUCGAAGUAUGAUUGUCUAAGUGCAAUGCUUUACUACUAUCUCAGAAGACAUGCAGAAGAAUAUGGAAAGUACUUGGAUGUGAAGAAAAUUGAAGAACGCACCUGUCAGACAACUUUCCUGGAAUUCCUACGCCACUGCCACAACCUACUCUCCCGACCUUUGAAAGUCGCAAACCCGUCUCGCUCGACCACCGGGACGAUACCCCUCCCUAAGGGCGUCAACAGCAAGCCAUCUACGACAGGUUUGCUAGGCGUUUCGCUCUUCGGCCUAUCAGCAGUGAACAAGGCAUCGAGACUUGUGAACGGAUCACUGUGGAAGAUCAUGUGCGCGACAUUAUUUGAGAGCUGGGGCAAGAUUCCGGCUGCUCGAGAGGAGUCUACGCUUGGUGAUGGUAUUUGGUUCGACAACCACACCAAUGCGUUGACCGAAAGCCAGGCUGAAUUAGACGCAAAUAAUCCUCAUAUUUCACGCCGUCCGCGGCCCGACCAAUUUUGCAUUCACCGCGUGUGCGGUAGCACCAAUUCCCUCCUCGCCGUUGAAUAUAAGCCACCGCAUAAACUUUCCGUGGAGACCCUCCGGGCAGGAGUACGACCGAUGGAAUUGUGGGAAGAGAUGGUCAAAUGCAACGCAGUGCCUACGGACCCUAUGGAGAAACUUAGAUACGAAUGGAUCGUCCAAUUCCAGCUCUCAAACUUGACUAUUGUGUAA